AUGGUACUGAAGAGAAGAAUGAGCAGACAAGACCAGACUGUAGCAAUUGCUGAAAGCAAAAUGAAGCCCCCUUUCUCCUUGUGUUUAUUGCUGGUUGGUUUGCAUACUGUUGCCCUGUGUCAUCAGCAUCCUCGCUACCGUAAUAAGCAGGAUGAUGCUAAAGGGUCAUAUUAUCCAGGACAUAGUUCUCAGUGGGAAGAAGCUUCUCCACUUAAGAACAAAACCUUUGUCAAACUAGUUUUCAGCAAUGCUGACUUUGCAUUUUCCUUUUACAAGCUGGUCGCAUCUGAAGCAACAGACAAAAAUAUUUUCUUUUCACCCAUAAGCAUCUCUGCUUCCUUUGCAAUGCUGGCACUUGGUGCCAAGGCUGUGACACUGACACAGAUUUUGGAAGGGCUUGCCUUUAACCUGAAAAAGACUCAGGAGCAGGAAAUACAUGAAGGUUUUUGCCAGCUCCUCCACAUGCUGAACCGUUCAGACAGCGAGCUCCAGCUGAGCCUGGGCAAUGCCCUUUUUAUAGAAGAGACACUAAAACCCCUACGGAAGUUCUUGGAUGAUGUCAAAAGCUUUUAUGAAUCUGAAGUCUUUUCUACUGACUUUAAUAACUCUGUUGGUGCUGAGAGUCAGAUCAACAGUUAUAUUGAGGAAAAGACAAACGGGAAAAUUGUUAAACUAGUGGAAAAUCUUGAUCCUCUGACUGCAAUGGUUCUCGUUAACUAUGUCUUCUUCAAAGCCCAUUGGGAGAAACCCUUCAGUACAGCACAGACAAAACAGGAGGAUUUUUUUGUGGAUGAGAAAACAACUGUAAAAGUUGACAUGAUGUAUCGAAAGGGUUACUACAGAAAUUACUUUGAUGAAGAGCUGUCCUGUUGGCUGGUUCAGAUACCUUACAAUGGAGGUGUUGCAGCAUUAUUUGUUUUGCCUGAUGAAGGGAAGAUGAAGCAAGUAGAAGAUGCCCUCUUGAAAAGAACUGUAACUAAAUGGGAAAAGUCCCUCCAAGACAGAAAAAUACAUCUGCACAUUCCAAAAUUUUCUAUUUCUGGUACCUAUGAUGUGAAAAAUAUAGUCAAACAGAUGGGUAUGGUCAAUCUGUUUACGGAACAAGCUGAUCUCUCAGGGAUUACUGAGGAGCCUGGACUGAUGGUUUCAAAAGUGAUCCACAGAGCCAUGCUGAAUGUUCAUGAGAAUGGCACUGAGGCAGCCGGGGCCAUAGUGAAGGAGGUCACCUGGAGAUCCGGGGAUUUCCCUCGCCCGCCUCGAGUCAGAUUCAACAGACCAUUUCUCCUGGUGAUCCUGGAUAAAUUCACCCACACUGUCCUCUUCAUCGGGAAAAUUGUAAACCCUCAGAAAAACGACUGA